AUGCAGCAACCACUUCGAGUAUUAGAGUUUUUUUCAGGAAUAGGCGGUCUGCAUUAUGGAUUAGAACGGGCAGAAUCUACUGCUACUGUUCUUGCAAGCUUUGACGUGAAUGAGCAUGCCAACUCUUGUUAUCAACACAAUUUUGGCAUCAAACCAUCCAACAAGAGCAUCGACACACUCACAGCUAAAGACAUUGAAAAGUAUGAUUCAAAUUGUUGGCUGCUCUCUCCGCCUUGUCAGCCAUUCACUCAAGGUGGAAAAAGUCUGGAUCAUCAAGACAAUCGAUCACUUGCUUUGCUGCGUAUUAUCGAAAUACUCCAGCACAUUGCAAUCCCUCCCAGAUUUGUGUUUGUGGAAAAUGUUCCCAAUUUCGAGACUUCUGAAUGCCGAUCUCGACUGGUUCAAACUCUUGACCAAUGCAAUUACGAUGUCAAGGAGUACCUAAUCAGUCCUAUUCAAAUUGGUAUUUCAAACGAUCGUCGAAGAUAUUAUCUUGCCGCUAAACUACGCAGUAGCAUUUCAACUGGCAAAUCCAACCUGUCUUGCUUGCAAACAUCACAUAUGAUUACAAGACUAGAUUCGGAAUCAUCCGGCAUUGCAUUGCCCAUCCCUCCAGCAAUAUCAACCUAUUUGGAGCAGCAUUGUGAUAUACCAGAAUUCCUUGUUCCUGAACAAUAUAUUCUUAAAAGGAAAACAUUCCGUUUCGACCUGGUCAAACCAACUGAUACGCGCUGCUCAUGUUUUACCAAGGCAUAUGGAUCCCAUCACAUUAUUGGAUCUGGAUCGUUUCUACAAACAGCCAACCUUGAUGUGAGUAGUCGAGUAUUUGCAAUAGUAGCAUCUCGUCCUCGGUUUUUCACUCCCCGAGAAAUUGCUCGAUUGCACGGAUUUCCAAUUGAUGGUGUAUUGAAUGGUUCAAUUGGCAUGCUGCAUACGUUUGAAUUCCCAGACUCAGUGCCUAGAUCGCAACAAUAUAAACUACUGGGCAAUUCUUUGAGCGUAGAUGUUGUCGCACAUUUAUUGAAGCUGUUGUUUUUGGAUAGCGAUGUCUGA